CCUUUUUUGUUGUUGGUGUCCGUGGUGCCUGCUGCUGUUAUUACUUUUCAUCUGCCCGCUUUCGUACGCACGCUUUCCACCGUUCGUUGAUCGUGGCUCCGUGCUGAAAAUGUUUUUAGUUAUCAAGCUUCCGUGGUAAGAGUGCCGUGGCGAUUUGGCUAUUUUUCGUUCGUCACUUUUCGUUCGUUCGAUUCGACGCUCGUGUGCAACCCUGUGCUCGUUCGUUCAACCGUUCGUGGCUGAGGAUUUUGUUGUAGUCUUCCCUGUUUUUCUUUUUUUGGAAGCACCGAAUCCCGAAGGAUCCUGUUCGUAUUUGCCAUUUUCUAGUCGUCUAUUGCAUGCUCCGCGUCGCCAUUUCUUCCCAUUUCUGUUUCACGAUCGUGGUCUCUUUCUCGCCUGCACACAGCUGCACCUUGCCAUUGUAUGCGUCGGUGCAAGUCGGUGGAUGGGUGGAAAUACGUUUUUUUAACUCUUUGUUUUGUACAUUUUUCAAGACCUUCCUUUACCACCCGUGUGUGAGCACCCACGAUCGUGUAAUCGCGAUGCAUUUCGGCUUCCUAGUCGCUUCAUCGACUUCGCGUGCUGCUCUCUCGUUUUCACUCUCGCUGCUGUUCUCUCGCUCUCACACAUGUGGACUCUUUUUCGGAUGCAUUGGCACAAACACUACGGCAUCCUUGUUAUGAUGUCGUUGGAAAAACUAGCCGCUAGGAGCACCUCCUGUUUGGAGCCUUGCACCCGUCGCUUGCUAGUCGAAAUGUGAAUUCGUUUGGGGUUCGUUCGGAGUUCGGCAGUUUUCGGGUCGUCUCACCCCAUCUCCGCGGCCAGCUAGCCCGGCAGCCUGCCACCAAACUAACGAAACUAAAUACGUUCGUGCCUCAGCCCCAUUUUUUGUGCUGAAAUGCUGCCGGAGGACUGUUGCAUAGGUCGGCUAGCGGACUAGAGGAAGAUGUCGAAUAGUGUGGCACUAGACACCAGCACGCUAAACCCUAGCACUGCACCUCCACCUGAUCAACGGGCUCUGUACGUUUCUUCUGGAGCGUACAGUAGAAGUGCGGGAGAGUGGCAACUUGGAGCAAUUUUUCGGAACCACCGAACCAUCCGCCACUUCCUGUCACACUGUCCGUUUCCUUGCACUUCCGCAUUCUCGGCAAUGUCGUCGCUUUUAUUUGGACAAGUUUUUCGUCGAUGGCGAGUGCAACAAGUGACUCUCGCCCGGACCGGGUCGAUUCGGAUGUUGUAGUAGUUCUCGAACAACAAUACCGUGCGCUGCUAGCGAUCCUACGAGUGUCCAAUCCAAAAUUUCGACCGUUACAGAGACAGUUUUAAAGGAAAGUCCACUAGUCCAAAAGGGUCUUGAAGGAGAUGGGUAUUUAGGAAAUUUUACCCAGUAUCAGUACGUGUUUCAGUCGCAGUCUUUUAAAUACAGUUUACUUUUAAAAGGACUUUGGAAUCUAAUGAAACAUCUCGCGUAUGCCACCUGUUGUUUGGUCGGCCUUCAAAGGAAGUUCUCUAUACUAGUGAUUUAUCAGCUGACUGGAGAGACUGGUGGAGGCGCAUGGUGGUUUGUGGCAGGGUGAGGAUUAGGACUUUUGUGGAGCAGCGUUAACCGUGUGCAUUGAUGAAAUUGUGAAUCAAAACUGUAAAAAUCCCAUAAAUUAACCGUCUGUUGCUUUAGUGCAGCAUUGUAAAUGCAUAAAGUGUCCAUCGUGUAUCAAAUGUAUGGCUUAAUAGUAGAGCAGUGAGCGUUUUGUGAAGUUGUUUUAAAACACUUGAUAUAAAAUAUUAAAGUUCCCAUGAAAAGUGGUUAGUGCGAAAUGUUUUGCUUUGGUUCCGAAUUUACAUCUUGCACUAGAGGUGGAUUUAUCGAACAACAGUCUAAUUCUAAAUGCCAUCAUUUUCAUCAGCGCGUUCAUCAUUCGUCCAUGGAUCAGUUACAGUCUGCAUCCUUGCAUGAUCUACGCCCAAUUGAAAAUUCUUCAGACAAAACGAACAACGUUGGUGAGUGAUUGCUUUACGGAAAUGUAUAAUAACUGUAUUGAUUAAUGUGUUUCGUUACCGAUAUUUUUAAAUAUUGUCAAAGAUUUAAAAGAACUUAUAAAUCGAUACUAUUACUAGGAAUGGAAUGCUAAACGACAACCUGUUGAAUCGUGUGCCAAUACUCUACGUCUCUUAGCUAUUUUCUUAGAAUUAAAAUUAUCUCUGUGAUGUGAUCAUUUCAAUUCUUGUGAAUUGUUGAAGUUUGACGUUGAGUUUGGUAUAUCGCUUCAACUUCUAAAUAAUGUUUGCGUGACGUAUUUCGCAAGAAAACUUUUUUUAGAUUGGUAAUAAAAUAGGACACUUUUUUUAUUUUCAACCACGCCCCACAUGUCGCCCAGUACGCAUUAGUUUCAGUAUUCGAUUCUGCGGAUUAAAAAAACAGUAAAUAAAACUAAAAAAUAAAAAGGGUCAAUUAACUCAACUAUUAACGUUUUUUGGUAAAAAAAAGCUAAAUUAGUUUUAAAAUGUUUCUUUCAAUUUAUUAAAAUUGUGCAAUAUGUUGUGAUUUAAAAAAAAUGAACUGAUCAAUCUGAUUGUGAAAUGUGUAAAUACUGUAAUGGUGUAUGUUUCUAUUCAUCCUUCUAUUAAUUUGAAGUAAAGCAAUACCGAUUAUUAUUGAAUUAUACAAUAGUUCCGUCGUCAAUGACAUACGAUCAAACUAUGCGCGAAUGAAACGGAUCGUUUUUACAAUCAUCCCUAACAUGUUUGGAUGAAGCCGACUUUAUUGUGACUUUUGCAAUGUACAUUGUACCCCAUAGUUUAUGUAAACAGUCGCAUACACUUCAGUGCGCUUAUCAGAGUGUUGCAUUUUCGCAACCCCAAACGCACACCACAUACGCACACGCAAUAAACUAUUCUUAUCAAAAUAAGUCUCCGCUCAGAGACACUAAUCACAGAUUCGCUAACCAACUUCAUCAACAACUGGAAAAACGGUGCGUCUGUGCUUGUGCCGUACGGCAACGGAAGAUUGUGUUGCACCUAUCAGCGCGUAAAUUCAAGGUUUUCUGCGAAACCAUCAAUACUAAUCCUUCGCUUGGUUAUUCCAUGUCAUUAUUUUAAAACAUUAUCGCUUCUUCCAUACAAAUAAAGCGACCGAUCGAAACCAUACGGUUGAAUCUAUCCAAAAUGGUUUGUAUGCUAAGGAUGCAUGUCCCUUUGUCAUUAUUUCUGUCGUGUCGCUUGUCUCAUGCCGAUGUUGUGACGCAUUAUUCUUCGACCACAAACCAUUUGUUUGUUGAUGACCAGGAAAAAGGAACGCGCUCUAAGUAGGCAAGUGUAGUAUGGCUUAUACUUUUUCCUACUGUGUAUCAUCUUCCCAGAGACACCCAAAAGCAAGAAGCAAUUUAGCAAACAGAGGAACCAUGGAAGGAAGGGCUAUGAGUAUCGAGAAGUGAGAAGCGAUCUCACCAUGCUGCUGCUGCUGCUGCUGCUGCUGUUGCCGUUUGGUGCACUAUUGCAAGAUGCAACAAGUUUCUUUAUCUCGCUCGGUUCUACACUGUGCAAGCAACAUUUGGCAACUCUCUCGUUCCGUUCCAUCGGUUUCAUUUCAUGUCCUUCGAACUCCUCUACUCCACAUCACUCCAUUACAGCGUGCAUCGUACUUCUCUUUGAUCGUCUCUCUAACCAUCCUCGCUUCCUCCGCCCUUCUCCCGGCAUCUUUUUCUCUCACAUACACACGCACAUGCACGCAGGCUUAUGGAACAACGUUUCGCGACGCAUCAUCAUCUUUCAUCGUCACAUUAUCGUCGUCGGUUGGAAGACUGCAUUAUAAUUCCAAGUACGCAAGAAGUGCCAAUUUUCUAAGCACGUUCCAGUUGCAUGGGGCACCGUAGUGCUUGGGCACAUUUCGCGUGAGCUUCUUCCGCACACGAUGCAAGCUCCAGUACAGAUUUGGGAGCGAAAGAACGAGAAAGCAACAGGCUGAGCAAUCGUCUAAGAGCGAGCAAAAAAAAAAUAAGACCAAAAAACCGUUCCGAAUAAGGGUCCAGAAGGGAGAAGGAUAAUUCCAAUUUGUGAUUCAACCUCUAACACACAACCCUUCCACAGUGCAGGGUGUAGGUGUUUUUUUUUUUGUUGUGUUGUACGAGUUCGGUAAAGAGAGACAUUUUUUAGACCACUAAAUUUAGUCUCCCGCAAUUGUGCGGGCGAGAGAAGACACCAUCGAUGGGCCGAUGGGUGGAAGGAAGUAGUGAGGCGGAAGUGCGCCAAUCUUCGCCUUACCACUACCGACACAGAACGCACACUACAGUGAUCAUUACGCCUGUGCUGGUGUUUGUUCCGACCGUCUUCUAUCUCACGCUGGUGACUUCGUUCGUUCUCGGAAAUGCGCAUCUAUCGUUAUCUCGUUCUAAAGUGCAUGUGCAAGGGGCAGGCUGCACCACACCUCGCUGCACUGAACGCCAAGGGGAAAACGCAUUUCGGUUGUUCUUUAUUCGCAGCACAGCGAGAACGAGAGCAAGCGAGAAUGGUGCGACCAACACCAGCGCAAAACCAGUAGAACGAGUGCAACGGAUGCAGUUUCGCUGAGAAGUUGCACUUCCACGAUGCACACUCGGCGUUUCGCAUGCGCCGAUCGGCUUGUGCAUUGCAAUUGUUGGAGUGGUCAUGAUUCCCAUUCUUGCGCUGCACGUGUGCUGCUAGUGUUGGUGAGUGUUCCGGUGGAGGCACUCACUCGUGAGUGACCGUGCUUUUCCCCACCCCUGAGCGUAUGCGAGAAAGGGUGAUUGUAGCGAAGGGUGGCCGAGGGGGGAAUCGCAUAUGGUGUAGUGGAGCGAACGAGACAACAGGUCGUUGCCGAGCGCGCGCCUGCUCGACACGAUGGCAUUCAGUCCUUUGCGCGGCGUUUUCCCCGUUAUUUUUUCAGUCGCAUCAACGCACUGCUCCGAUAUGCACCGGAACGCAAUUUCGGACGCGGCCCGAGUCGACCCGAUUUCGUUAUUGUUUUUACUCAAACUCCUCCACAACGUGUGCUUCAUACGAGCUAUCAACGGAUCACAUCGAAUCGGAACAAGUUACGAUCGCGUCCAUGAGUGCAAGUGUGACGUAGAAAUAACUCACCAUUACAAAGAAGCUAUCGGAGCAAGCAUAGAUACUCUCGUUACCGGUGCAGCAUCAGCAAUAAGAACAACAAAGCUGCACAGUAAUACCAUGUUACUUAACCGAUGUUGGGUGUGUGUGCGCUAGUAGUAGCUGCAAGUACGAUGUGACAACAUUACCGUUUGGUGUUAAUACAAAACUAACCGACAUAUAAAGAAGAUCAAGGCAAGAAAAGUGCAAAGUAGAGUUAGAUAAAGGAAAGAUAAAACAGGUGAUCGUGCAUUCCCUUAGUGCUCUUUUGAUUGUGAUGUUGCAUGGUUUUACUGUUGUUUGCACACAGUGAUCAUUCGUACCGUGCUGUGAUCGAUCCUUUGCUCACGUGACUGCUGCCUAACUCGCCAGCCAAAACUAAACAGCAAUAUUGGGUCAAUCCGAUGCUGUAUGUGUGUUUUUAUACGUACACACACACACACACCAUCGAACUGUGUGCACUGCCGGUAGUGAUCCAGGGAUCGAUCGAAUCUGACGCCCUCUUGCCUUGUCAUAUAUUUGUGUUCCAGCAGUGUGCGUUAGUGCGUGCGCGUAGUUGUUAUUUUAUGUACAUAUAUGUGAAACGAGCGGUGCGCGUUUUUGUCCCACGUAAAUCGCGUUACAGGCGCAGUGCAAAACGAGUACGAAGGAGGCAAACAAGUGUUUUUUUUGUUUAAAUGAAAAGUGGUAAGUGUCGUCAGCGUGCCGUCAAUCUUAAUGCCACACCACUCGGCUGCGUCGUAUAGAGUCACAACAGUUGCAAUGUGACUCACGCACCACAGCUAGUGUGAAGUACCGGAAAAGAUUUAUAUAUUUAUAUUGGUGAAAAGAAAACAAAACAAAUCCAAACACAAAAAAACUAGCGCAAGUCAAAACGUCAAAGUAGAGGAAAUAAUUAUUGAACCAGUAAAACGGAAAAUUUAGCAACCACUAGCGGAAGAUCGUGUGAUACAGUACAGUGACGGGGUGACGAGGUGUUGCAUUUUGGCUGCAGCUCGUACCUUCGUUACCGAAAGGCGCAAAAGAUAGAUUUAGAAGUCAAGAAACCAGCUUGGUAAUCCCUACCUCAGCGCCUUUAGAGCCGACAUUUUGUUUGCAUCGAGCAAAACUUUGCCGUUGUUUCGUACCGAUCGUUCAUUUGCACCUCGAUGUCGUGAUGUUCUCCGAGGCAUCUUCCUUCCUGCCGGCAAAAGAUAUGAGACUAGAACGUGUCGCUGAAGAAUUGAUGGGACGCAGGAAAUGGAAACACUAUCAGGACGUCCUAACGCGACAACAGUUGAAUCUGCUGGAUCCCAGUACUACAAACGCCACCGAGGACGAUCUGCUGAACGGCACGACCGGUGUCGCUGCUGCCGCUGCCGCCGCCGCAGCUGCUGCAGCCGCGGCCACCCAACUGCAGCAAGGGCCGCUGAUGAAUACCGCCAGCGCUACAACCGCUGCCGCAGCCCUUUCGCUUGCUGGCGGCGGCAUGAUCGAUCAAAAGACCAGUCCCGCCGCCAUUGUGGCCGCAGCGAAUGCUGCUGCCGUGGCAUCCCUCACAACACCUGCCGCUGCCCAAGCUGCCAACACAACUGCCGCGACGGCUAUAGCGUUGUCACCUAACGUCCCACACACAGUAAGAAACGGUCACUGUCAGCAAGGCGACGUAGAUGUCGAUCCAAAAAUUGCCGCCUCCGCCAGUCCCGACAGUCCGCGUGCCACCAAUUGUCUGGCAUCGGAAAAGCUUAACCCACAAACUAGUGCCAGAUCGCCACGACACGGCAAGGACGAUCGUUCGGUCUCACCGGUAUCGCGCGAUUGUCACACCAAUGAUAACGGCACUUCCACACCAUCGACCGGUACCACAAUGGACGGGCUGUCUCCAUUUCCUUCGUCACCUUCGGGCACGAUUGAUGGAGAUCCUGCGAGGCCCAAGUCAGCCUCCGGUACCCAGCAAGUAACUGCCGAGCCAAGAAAAUCGAACACUCCCGAUCGUCGCGCGUCUUCCGUGACAAGUCCUGAUCUCCGCGGAGACCAAACUGCCACCGAACCGGAAAAUGUGUCCAUUGUGAAACAGGAACCUGCAGAAAAUUCAAUCGAAAAUGCAGAUACGUCGCUAAUAAAAUCAGAACAACCAAACCCAGAGUCGGCGGAAGCUACAGCCGUAAAAUUGAGCCUCGUGUCCAAAUUGCCCAUUGUCGGGACGAACAACAACAAUACGAUCAACAGUAAUAACAACACAAUCCAGCAUCGCAGCAACGGGAUGGCGACGGACGAUGGUUCCACCGGUACCACGUCGUUAACGACGGAAACACCUGCGGAGGCUGAGGCUGCUACACCGAUCGAUUGGAAGCCGCAGGACAAGUGCUAUUUCUGUGUCGACGGUAAAUUGCUGACCGUGAAUGAGGCAGGCGAACUGGUACCCGAGACCGGUCCGGCACCGAUUGAAGGAGAUCGUUUUCUUAAUCCACGGGGAGCUACUGCAACCGUAAUGGCCGAAUCCGAUAGCGACACGAGCGAAAGUAGUGAGCCAGAACUUAUGGCAAGUCUGCGGAGUGUCGGUGCGGCUGGUGGACUGUCUACUAAGUCGCUGAUAGCGUUACUACGUGAAACCGGUGCCUCCCAGAAUCUGUCCUCUUUGCAGGCGCUUGUGGCACAGUACACCGCGGCUACAUCGCUGCAGGGUCUUCAGCCGAAUCUUGCCCAGCUCUACAACCCUAUCUGGUAUUCGCAGAUACAGCAGCAAAUGUCACCGACAGCCGUCGAAUCGGGCACUGGUGGAGGGUCCCCAUCUGCCGCCAUCAGUCCCACAACUGCGGCCAAGAUGGCUGCCGAGCUAGGAACGGUGGUCGGUGGAACCGGGGAACAACCGCUUGAUCUCAGCGCGAAACCGGGCACUUCCGGUAUGACAUCACUGCUGAGUGGUAUGAUAGAUCCGAAGCACAUCUACAAGACAAAAUCGCGGCUGUCGCCUAUCGGAGGACGCAAAACUUACACUGAAGAUGGUUUGCAGAAUGCCCUGCAGGACAUACUAAGCGGGCGGCUCGGUACACGCAAGGCAGCAAUGCAAUACGGCAUUCCGCGAUCGACGUUACGCAACAAGGUUUACAAGAUGGCGCUCGGAAGCAAGCGUGGUAUGGUGUCGCUGCUGGAGGAUGACGACGAUAAGGACUCGCAGGACGGUGACACCAAGGACAGUGAUCUGCUGGACAAACUACCCCAGCAUCUGCUGGCGGAUAUGCUGCUAAAGAUGUACGGUGCCACCGGCUCAUCCCGACCGCACGAAACCAAUCUCAUCCGCACUCCCUCCGCCACCGCUACUCCGCCUGCCCAUCGUGCCACACCCGAGCCGGUAUCGUUGGAUAUAGCCGGUAUGAGUCUAAAGCCCCAUCCGAACUCCCUCCCGGUACCGGUGCAAACGCCAGCAACACGUCAGCCCGCUGCGACAACGAUCGGUACUCCUCCCGCAACUACACAGCCACCGCAAUCUUCACCACUGGUGGCCGCGGCAGCAUCUACUCUACUCAACCCGAACCUAGUGAUGCAGGUCGAACGCAUACUGCAGGUAACGGCGACGGCACAAGCAUCAGGCGAAACACAGCAGGCACUGGCCGAAUUGCCCGAACUCCUCCGCAAAAUCAUCGAUCAGCAGCAGCUGCUGGCCGAUCAGAUCAAAAAGGCUAGCAGCGGCAACGUACCGGCGGCUGCGUCCGUACAACCGUCCGUGGCUGGCAGUGCGGGUUCCAGUCCCACCAUUUCCGGACAUCUCGCCGCUACCGGCGCAUCCGCUCUGGGUAAUUCAUCCGCGCUUGAUGCGGCACUAGCGAGAUCUCCGUCACUCAGUGCGGCACUCAACGCGAACGGAAACGCUUCGUCGGCCGUAUCAAUUGAUUCCUGCUAUCUUCCGUACUUCCAACAGCUGCAUCAGCAACAGCAGCACGGGAAGCUGCGUACGAUGUCCGCCGGAACACCGGAUACACCCGCGUCGAUGUCCUCCAUCGAGCUGAAUGAUGGCGCGAGUGAUGAUCCGCACGUCAUACUGAAGAUUCCGUCCUACGGACGAGCGCCGGGCACUUCACCAGGAGUGGGCGUCCCCGUCAGCAAUAAAAACGGCGACCUAGAACGACACAUACACCAUCACAAUAUGACUACGCCGUCGCCACCGACAGCUGCGGCCGCCGCCGUACUGAGCAGUCUCGUAGCGGCACCUGUCCGUUCUACACACGCGUCCGCCAGUCCUCAAGCGAACCUGCUGAGCAGUGUCGGGAACGGUGGUGCCGGUAUUGGAGGUGUUCCAUCCGCACCUACCUCCUCGCAGGUGUCUCUGGCGUCAUCCCUCUCGUCCUCUUCGCCACUAUCUUCGCUAUCGGUGGCAUCAUCGGUGGUAGCGCAACAGGAACGAGGGAAUGCCCAGACAAACCACCUGUCGGUCAUAUCUCCACCACUGAUGAAUCUGCGCGGUGUCGUCAAAGCGGAGUCUGCCAUCUCACCACCAGCCGGUGGACAUGGUACGGCUGCACCGGGAAUGUCCGCAUCCGCCAGCAAAUCAAUGCUUUCCGUGCAUGAGGUGAUAGCGAGAAGCAUCAGUAAAAACUUUCAACAGCAUCAGCAGUCCGACAUCAUGCACAAGCAGCAGAUGGAGCAGAUGAAGCGACCGAGCAUUUCCGUUAUCAAAACGCUCGGCGACAUCUCACACUUUGGCAGUGCUGCAGCAGCGGCCGCUGGACUUGGUCCAGUGGGUAGUGCGGCGCAGUUGGCAGCAGCGGCAGCGGCUGCUGCGGCUAACAAUACUGGCACCGGUGGUAAGGGCACACGGCCCAAGCGAGGCAAGUACCGUAACUACGAUCGGGACAGCUUAGUGGAGGCGGUGAAGGCAGUGCAGCGGGGUGAAAUGUCGGUGCAUAGAGCGGGAAGCUACUACGGCGUACCUCACUCAACCUUGGAAUAUAAGGUAAAGGAGCGACAUCUGAUGCGGCCAAGAAAGCGCGAACCCAAACCCCAACCCGGUCUGGAUGAUCAUCGACUCGGGGGUUCGUCGUCUGCUAAGGGAGGGUCCGACGGUUCUUCGUCUUUACGGGGUCUCGACAAGGGUAAGGGUGGAAUGAGUGGCCUCGGCGCUGGAUCGAAAGGAGGCUCCGGUAUGAGUGGUCACGCGGCGAAAAACCAUCACCAUCUGCAGCAGCAGGUGCAACAGGCACAGCAGGCGCAGUUCUCUACCGGCUCACCCAACGGAGCGCUCGGUGGGAAAAUGCCAAUGUUUGAUGCUUCGGCCAUGGCUUACGGUUCGCACUUCUUCUGGCCCCACGCUUCCGGCUUCGGUGGUAUGGCAGGCGUUGACUUUGCACGCGGUCAACCCACCCCUGAUGGCGUAUUCAACUCCCAGUCGCUAAUGCAACGGUUUCAACCGGAAGCCACGGCCAGUCCACUGUCACCAGGCGACGCGCGACAUUACGCAGGAGGAAAGUCGGGUCCGGCCGGUGUCAGUGCGACGGCUGCGAGCUUAGCUGCUCUACCCAAGGGUAGCAGUGUGCGUGAAAUGGCCGAACAACUGUACGAUGGUAGCGGUGCCAAUGGUGGCUCCUUCCUGGACGACAUCAUCCGACAGAGUCUCGACAAAAAGUCGGGCGAACUUGCUACCCACAAUGCGCUGUUCGAUCAUUUGCUGAAAGGCAAACUACGCUCGUCAGCAGCGGCAGCAGCAGCAGCAGCAGCAGCCGCCGCUGGAUCCGUUGGCACAUCGGAGGAUGUUAACACGGCCGCACUGCUUGCGAAAGCGGCAACAAAACGUUCGGCCACCAGUCCCCCCCUUGGAUUCCACCCAGAGAGCGUCAAACGCGAACGGGCCAGUCCCGGCGCCUCGUCCACGUCCUCCACCGGCAGCAGCAACCAUCGGCUGAGCAACGAUCAGCAACAUCACGGACACAGUCUUCAACAGCAGCAGCAGCAGCAGCAGCAGCAGAACCCAUCACAAUCGGCCACGCCCGAGCAGCUGCUGGCGAAAAACGUCGAAAACCUCAUGAAACUGCACGAGAAUCUUUCGUCGAUGUCCGUGGCGCACCUACAGCGGACCGCGAUGGAAGAUCUCAACGGUACACAAGGCACGACCGGCGUUGCAUCCCGGAGUUCACUGCUGGGCCACCAGCCCGAUACGGUGGAUCAGCACGGCUCGGACGGUGAUACGGAUACGGAUUCGAUGCGAUCGCACACCAACCAUCACGGCGGGCAUAGCCUGCGCCACAGUCUGCUGCAGCAGCACCAUCACCAUCACCAGCGGGGCCUGACGGAUGACAGCUCAUAGGGCCGGCUGCGCGGUGCAUCGGCAAUGCAACUGCGACGACCCAUCUGCUGAAAUGUGAAAUGUAAGUGAUGAUGCUGUGGCUGUGCGGCUGGAGACAUUCCGAGUGAAGUGAAGCGGUGGCGAACGGAAUGGCGAAAACACACAACACAAAAUGGCAGAAAUCGUUGAGAAAUGGAGAAUCCAUAGUUCAAAUAUUAUUCUUAUAUUAAUUGUAUAUCAUCGUAGUCAAAAGCAGAGUAAGAAGAGUGUCCCUUUACAAUGGAAGGGAAGGGAAAGGAGCAGGGAACCGAAGGCAAAGCCGGGACGAUGCAGUAGCACAGUUGAGGGAGGGCAACAAACUGAAAAAAGCAGAUACCGCUAACAGAGAGCACGAAGUGUUAACAAUUUUAUCCAUUUAAGCAAAAAAGGGCUAAAGAUCGCGCAGAAGCAGAUUUAACUUUAUCCGUAGAUCGCAACACAGAAAAUGGGGAAGGUUAAAUGACAGGAAGAAUCAACAGGAGAGACUUGCGAUAAUAAUGUUACAAAGAGCUAUACCGACAGACAGGAGAGUAUGGACGGCACCCACAAAACAUGCGUCUGAGAUGGCAAAAGAAUACUUUACUAUUUUCCUUACACUUUACACCGUCUAUCAAUCACCAUCAUCAUCAUCAUCAUCAUCACCAUCAUCACCAACAUUUCUAACCAACAUCAUGAUCACGUCAUCCACGGAACAUAUACACGAAUGAUCACACUUUUUCGAUCAUCCGCUAGAGCUUUGUAGCUUGGUGGCUCUAGUAAGGUGAAAAUAGAUGGAAGUAACACUAACACAAAACACCGUACCACUUCAAGCGGGAGAAAGUGAAAAGGCAUUGGAAGUGAAAAACACUCAAAAUUUGAAUGGCUACGAAAAUCGCGUAUCUAACCACCAACAGCAGAAGCAGCAGGAAGGCAGGAAACGUGAACAUAUAGAAGGGCGGUAAAGUAAUUACCGCUGAAAACAAACAAGAAAAAACAAAUGCAAACAUUUGUUGAAGCACACGAAAUGUUUUUUGACAAUCGACAAAAUAGGCUCCUUGUGUGAAACUUUACAUUACGACACAAAUGUACAUCCCUACAAUCGCCACCACCACCACCACCACCACUAUCAAUAGCAACAUAGAAGCAGUUUAUGCUAAAAAUGCAUGCUGCGAGCGGUCCACAACUACCCAUCACCGUGACCCGGCCAAGAAGCGGGCUGAGUAUAGGAAUUAGAAGGGGGGAAAAAUCAAAGUGCAAGAAAUGGGGAAAAUCGCGCGCAAAACUAAACCCCAUUCGAUCUAGCACCCGUAUAGCAUAACACCAGCACCAUCGCAUCCACCGUUACCUAUUGACAGCAAUAGACUAACAGUAUGAACCGAUCACUCAACUCGUCCCACAGGCAUCAUGAUACGAUCGCACUAAUAUACUCAAUGCUUACGUUGACACUCUCGAGAAAGGAAAAGAAAACAGUACCAAACACGAAACGGAAACGAAAUCAAUAGAAUAAUGUCCCACUUUUAACCAGAUAGUGCCAGUGAAAGACACGAAAACGGCCGUAAGGAUUAACAUCGGAAACAUGGGAAACAUGGGUAAUUGUAAUAACAAAGUUUUGGAAAUCUUUUUAGGCACAUUAGAAGGAAAAACAAUUGCGCUUGGUUUUUCCCCAUUAUUCAGACAAAACUAAGAAUUCAACAAACACAAACACACACAUACACACGCUAAUAUAUAUAAACAGGCAAACAUCACCGUGAACGAUAUCAAGCGAGAUAAGCAGCAGUAAAAAAAGAAAAGGUGAGCAAACAUAUUUUUCAGACGAAACAAAACGAAAACAUUUAAGCAAACUGAUAUAUCUAGACGUGUACGUGUAAUGUUUUUGGCACUUGCGUUACAUUGUACUUCAUGUGAGCGUGCAAACGGGAGCAGCAGGAAAAAAUACUUUAAAAUCUAAGAAAAUCUAAAAAAUACCUAAAUGUUGUGGCUAUAUCGAAAUUUGCAAAAGUAUUACUCGGUUCAGAGCGGAAUCGUCGUCAAAGGAAAACGUUUAGAAAGCAAAACAGAAAAAUUAUAGAAGUAUUAUCGUAAUGUGCACGUCAGGCGAAAAAAAACACGCGAUCCUGAAAUCUAUUUGGUGUUCAAAAUUGUAUCAUCUUAUAAAACAAAACAAACAAAACUACUACCCGUACGGUUGCUUCACGAACGUACCAAAAUAAAAAAAAACUCAAAGCAUAAAACAAGAGCAACAGAUGGACCCAGCAAAGUAACCGUCUAGUGCCACUUGCACAGGGUUUGUUCCCAUUUAUCCCCAAACUCUGGCAACCGUCGCCCAGUAUCGUAUCGUAAAAAAACGUAAAGAAAAUCCAAAAGUAUAUAAAAAAUAACAAAUCACUCUAUGUUUCGACGUUUUUUACAUUCAAAUUUAAGCAGCAUACUAUCACUAGAAGUGAUGAAGAGGAAGAGAGGGAAAACAAUGAUGGUGUGCCAGUUUAAUGAUGUUGUGUGAAGUGAAAUCUUAUCAAAAUUUAUCUAUACAAACAAAAAUCAUACAACAAAUUAACACUAAACUAUAACUGGAUGUAUUUUCUUUUUUUUCUAAAACAAGUCUAAACAUUUGUGAAAAGAGUAAGAAAACACAAAACACACGCACACACAUACACUAAGGUACGAUAGCGAGUUGGUGAGUGAGCUAGUAGUAUUAGGCUGCAGUAAAUGCGCAUUCUAAGAAAAACAUGAGGACUGAAACAAACAAACAUAAGAAGAAGAAAAAAAACGAGAUGAUACGUAGGGGUUUGAGGAGAUCACCAACAUCUUUUAACGGUGACCAACACCAUUACGCGGCGUUAUCAAGCGUUUUAAACAUCGAUGCGUAAUUCCUAUGCCAACGCACCAAGGCUUGUCGGGAGCGAUGUAUGCGUGUAUCGUAUCGUCCCGUCCAGACAGAAACAGGCAUUCCCACAAAUCCCCGUAAACCAAGCCCACCCGUAAGAGAUCAUUCUCCUUCCCCCACCCCCUGCUCCUCCCCCCCCAUUCUCAUGUUAAUCCCUAGAUCAUCUACCGCAGAGUCAAAAUCCAAACCAGUAGCGAAAAACAAAACUCAAACAAAAAAUAGAAGGGUGGAAAAUAAGUAAGAAAUAUAUUAUAUGUGUGUGUCUUCACGUCGCGUAUACCUCAAACGAUAAAACAAAAAAAAAAUAUUUAACUGAUCAACAGAGAAUGGCAAGUACUGUUCGGGCACGGAAUGUAAUCGAAAUUGCGCAGCGAAUCAUUGAAUAACGUAGCUAUACCACCAUUAUGCCAACCUGAGUGGAUGAAUCGACACACCUUUUGGGAUGCUUUAGUACAGCGAUAGUACCAUUAAUUGAAUCGAAAUUACUUUCCAACUGUUUCACCCACCAUGCCUCGGAACAGGUGAAACCCACGGAUGCCAUCUCCCCUUUCCCUGUUCCGUUCCAAUGCUUAGUUUAAAAAAAAAGACUAUUUACCUACCACCCGAAACUAAAUAGCUAGCGUGUGAAAUGAUAUCAAAUUACAUGAAAUAGAACCAGUUUUUUGUUGUGCCGUUACAAGUUCAUCCUUUCUGGUAUACUGUCGCCAAUCGGAUCGUUUGCGACUGUACGUAUUUCCGCUUACGGUUUUGAAAAAUGGCUAAAGGUACCCAAAAACCAAGCUAAACGCAAAGAGUCCCAAUUUCGAAACGAUAACAAUGUUUCUACAACAACAAAAAAAAAACACUAGCGAAUGACUAGCGUAAAUGUUUGGAUGAUGGAAUGGAAUGCACAGGCAAUGAGACGGAGAGAGAAGAAGGACGGAAAAAAUAUAUAUUUAUACACUAUCUGUGAUUGAUAAUCCAAAAUUUUGAUGUAUAUUUUUCUCUAAUAAACAAAACAAAAGAAGAAAAUUUAAAACUUUAGGAGCUAAUUGCUAGGAGCAAAACCGUUGUUUGAUGGAUGGAAGCAGCAAAAAAACGGUACCAGGAGAGCUAAAAUAAAAAAAACACUUAAAAAAAGAGGCGAAACAAAACAUAAUGGUAAAACAAUUGUAAAACGUGACGUUAGACAAAGAAAACAGUGUAGGUUUUUAUGUGGUUGUAGCGAAUGUUUGACCAACCAGCCACGAAUGAUGCCACGCGCGUAACGAGGGCGAAACAAACACAGCCUUUUGGUUGCCGCUGUGGAUCUUUGCGGUCUUUGUUCCAUCUUCUUCGUUUUAUUGUUCUUUCGACCAAACUAAGAUUUCGUUAGCAAAAUGAUGAAGGGAAGGAAAGAGAACGGUGUGAAGGUAGAAUAACCAAAACAAAACAAAAAACUUAAAAAAUAACAACAAAAUACAUAUAUUAAAAAAUCAAUGCGCGAUGCUAGUGAGCGACACGGCACGAGAUGGAUUUAUUUUAAGCGAAAUUUUCCAACAAGCAAACCCUGUUUCAACUAGUGCGUGCUAUUUUAGCGCACGCCAGUGUGCUCUCAGUGUCAGAAACGGUGUACCGUAACGCCGUACUUGGGUUGGCGGGAAGGAACGAUGCGGCAACGUUUUUGUCCUUCGAUUUUAGUGUUUAAUGAAAACGGUAAGGUGACACGUGUACACAUGUAAAGCUACCCCAAGACACGAUGACGAUGAAAACGGGAAAGGAAUGGGGACAAAGCGUGCGCAAACAUAGACUGAGAAUGCGCAAGGAAUAGAUGCAUGGUGGUGUAAAGGUAAUACAAUUGAAAAGUAAUAAUAUUGAAUGGAGUGCGAUCGGAUGCGGGAACGAGACGUAGAAGAUGACGAAGCAGAAGGAAAAACAAAAAGUGCAAUUAGAACGAUGUAAACCGUAACAUAUUCGUUAUUUAUAUUGACAAACAAAGAAACAAACAAACAAACAAAAAAACUGAAAAGCUAAACAAAACCAUACAAAAGCAUACAAAAAAUAUUAAUGCGAAAAUAUGCGAAAGCGCCAAGAAAAGAACACAAAACCCAAAAACGAGUCUAACAGAACAAAUUCACACUACACACAUACACAUACAUACACACUCACACACAGGCAUAUACAUGCGGACAUGCGAAUACAAGUGGUAGGUGUAAUAAAUUUAAAUAUAUAGGGAAAAAUUAUUUAAUUAUAUAUUUACAAAAUGAAGAAAAACCACAACAAAUGAAACUGGCAGCCAAAGCGUCGCAGAAAAUUCACUGACGCGCGCUGACCAAUACGGCGUGUACAUGUAUUGGCGUAAGCAUGGCGUACGGAAUGGAGGCCGAAUUAGGGCCGAAUAAUGGCGACAAGUGCAGCGGUGGAGCACACAUGCACCGUAUUCAAAAUUAUGUUCAUCACAGAAUGAAUCCAACGCAAGAAGAAUAAAAAAUGCAUUUAACCCAGAACAAGCACUGUAAAUGCUAAACCAAACGGUGCAACACAGGCAAAUGUUUCGUUCGUUUUCUAUGUUAGGCUUAAGCAAACAUGUUACUUUUUGGGAAAGACAUGUUUCUUAAUCUAAAUUAUACAGCGUGCAAGAUACAUACCAGGACACAGAAAAACACAAAACAAAAGAAAAGACGAUGUCAUGUGUCAGCUUCGCGUAAAGCUAAAACCACCUUAGCAUCAGCGCCAUCGCUUACGCCACACACAAUCCACAGAAGAAGUCGUGUAAAAUCUGUUGUUUGAAAAACGUUUUUUGGAGAGGCUAAAGAAUGAAGCAUUUAUCGAUUAACGCUACUUAAAAAAACUGGACGAAAUCUCUCUGUAGCAAACGAAACCACCAUUCAAGCGUCCCGUAAGAUUUUAACCUUCCUUUCUCCCCAUGGUUUUUUUGCGAUUGUCUUCUCAGUUUUCAUUUAAGUUUUUUUCCCACUUUCACCCCCAUUUUUUUCACCAUCAUAUCCCUUUUGCUUCCUUUCAAGUUCCAUUCAUAUCACAUGCCCUUAUUUUCCCUGUUUGAAACAUGUUGCCACUAAAUUGUCCUUUAGCAAGGGGCAAGGAUCAGACUAUGGCAACAAAACAUGAUCGUUACCGAUGCGAUUGUCGAUCGGUUUCUACCAGGCGAUUUAAAGCUACCCACAACACGGUGGAAGAAAACUCAAAACAAAUAGCUAGUGCAAUGUUUUUUUUAAUAUAUAUUAUUGUUUUACUAAUAUGCGAAAUAAUAUGAACGAACCUUCCAUGUUUUCCUUUUAUCUGUGCUUUAAGUGAACGAAAUCAAAAAUAACUUUUAAGAUGUAAACUAUGCGUGCGCAAGAGUAAUUAGCAAACGAUGGUAGAAUGGAAAAUAGGGAAAUGCGCGCGGCAGAAGCAAGAAGUGACCGAAAAAAACGAAAUCUUUUGUCAGCGGAAAUGUUUAAUUUUCAUUGUAAAAACUAAAUGUAAAAGAAGAUAAGCAAAAAAUAAUAGUUCGGCGGCUACCAAAGUAAAUAUGUAAACAGUGAAAACACUUGAAGAAAAAAUGCGUAUCAACUGUAUCAACAAAAUCAACCCUCUUUGAAUCGCAAUCUAUAUUUUAAUGCUCCAGUUUCCUACCUUAUGAUUGUAAUGCAUUACAAACGAUUCACUUGUGUGUAUUUUUUUUAUUAUUGUGUCCUAAGUUCGUAAAGCAAUACCAACUACUUUAUUUCACCGGAUGGACAAACAGUAACAGAGAGAAAAACAAUAGCUCAUAUAGCGAGAGCGACUUUAAUCAAUAGGUAGCAAAGUACGAAGCUUUGUUUCGGCGCAAAUUUCACAGUAACAAAGAAAACACCGGAUUUAGGCCAUCAAACCACCACGGAAUCAAUUACAAACUUACGCAAUAAAACAAUAACUAGCAGACACCGUACAGUAUACACAUAAACACAAAACACACACACCCAACAAGCAACUACAGAAAAAUGGUCAACUGUUUGUCGUACGUUUAAACACAUAUUUGUUCACUUUGGGAAAUGUCACAUUUGAACAAUCGAACCCGUUUGGCAAAUGUUUUCUACACCGUUCGUAAAACAGGCAUCAACAGAACUAUCUGCAAAAACAACAAACAAAAAUAUGAUUGGAAUAUGUAGCACGGUUAUGCAGUGAAACUAGUGACAGGCAACAGUGAAUCAAUUCGAAGGUCCAUCAUUUGCAAGAAAACAUAAUAGCAGCAAAAGAAAAAAAAACUGUCUCACCAGCAAAAAAACCAAUAUCAACAGCAACAGAUAAAGAUCACAUCACAGUCGUAGAUUUCAUACCGGAUAAAUGCAAGAGGAAAAGAAAAAACUAAUAGCACCACCAUCAUCAUCACUACCACCCCCAUAUCAGCAGCAGGAAAACGCCACCACCCACCCACCAUUGAACAUCCCAGCAAACCACCCACAACAUACGCACAAUUCCACUCAAUACUUCCUCGCCCUUCAAACACUACUACAAACUUCCCUGAAAACUAGCCUAUGCCAACAGUCGAUUGGCACUGGGAUACAUCGCGGUCGAAGCAAACGUAUUUUGGUGUCACGUUGAUUCCGCGAUCGCGUCCCGCCGCGAUGUAUCACAGUGUACAAACACACAGAAGAGUAAUCUAACAGAGACAAAUACAACAACCGAAUAGUAACAACAACAACCAUCAAACAGAAAAGUAAAGUAACAAUAGCCAUUACAAUAGAACUCAAACUCAUUGACAGAAAAAACACACACACACCAUACAUACAAUCCGCCAAAAGUCCCAAAUAUGGGCAGACAAUAGCAAAAGAAAAAUGGAUAAAAUACCAACAAGCAAACAACCAACACUUCAAACUCCCAGUUACGGUUAUAAUUAUUAUUGCUACAGUCCGUGGGGAACCAGUCAAGUUCAGUAACAAUAAAUCAAUAGACUCCAUAUCAAUCUCACUCACUCACUCUCUCUCUCUCUUUCUCUAUUACAAAUACACACCACACACACACACAUACUUACAAUUUCAAUACUACUAAAACACUCGGUUUAGUAAACAAUAGCCCGGAGAUACUGAGGCCUCCAACCGACAGUGUUGUUAUUCGCGCCACAAACUUACAGCAGUAAUCUUUAUUGUACAAUAGCCAGGAUUAAUGGAUAAGCACCGACUUAUCUCUUGUUCACAUAUUCACAUCAACACAGACACACACACAUACACACCAUAAUACAAUAAUACAGCCACGGCGCAGUAUCGCAACAUGUCGAUAAUUGUGCGCAAUUAAUGUUUAAAUUUUGUUACAGUUCUCUUGCUAAGCAUUAAUAAUAACCGUAAUGAACAGAAACAGCAAAUAAUAGUAGAUGGAAUACCGAAGCAGAAGAAAACAAAAUACACAAAAAAAGUAAUAUUUCCCCCUUUUCCUCCUUGUCCACACAUUUUCCUCCACUGCGUCAUACAGGACAUACAAAUGACAACAACAACAAAUAACAAACAAACCAAACAGCUGAUGAUGAUCCUUCUAUACAUAGAUGACCAGUAAAACACAGCAAACCCUCAACAAAAACUACAGCGAUCACAUUCAAUUUCAAUACACCGCAGUACUUACAAUAGUUACAAUAGUAAACAAUAAGAGCAAACCGAUCUGCAAAACCAAUGUAAAGAAGAAAAAACAAACCAAUUGCAGUGCUGCUAUUACUGCAGUACGAUCACACAAAUAUAUCAAAUCGGAUGUUCCCCCGUGGGCAUAAAUAUUGACAAACCCUGUACCGCUGUACCCCCGGUUUUCCACCAGGUGAGAUUCACCAGCUAUCAACAGAAAAAAGGGUGGGGAAAACGAAGCGAAAGGGAGGGUACAGAUGGAAGAAACAGGAAUAAGAAAAACCGCGCUACUACUGUCUGCGGAGGACCAUUCGAUGCCAAUAGAAUCAAUAGACCUUAUCAUUCAAGCAGCAGGAUAGAAUUAAAUCACACUCAAUUUCACACCCCAAACACAUAUACUCACACACACACUCAGAUACAUCAACACUUUACACACGUGGAAAAGAAAAGAAAAACAUGUAAUAGUUGUGCUGAAUGUGAAAAUGCGCAUUAAAAUAGAACUCAAACCAUAGUAAUAAAGCCGGAUGCAAAUACACGCUCCCACACACAUGAACAAAGGAAAAGAAAAAUGCAAACAGCAACAAAACACAAAACCAUCCUUUCUUUAUCAUAUUGCAAACACAAUACAAUUUCUCAAACAGUUUACACUGCAUUAGCCACAACCGAGCUAAUCGAUGCGAAAUGAUGCGCAAAGUACAGAAAAUGGGAGAAAAAAAGUCACUGAAGUAUGGCUUACGCAGGUAAUAAACCAUAAACAAAAAAAACAAUAGAAAACACAACAGUGAACCAAUCAAUCGGAUUCAUAAAUGCAAAACAAUAGCAACUAACAAAAUGCAGAUUUGCGAGCACAUUUGCCACAGUAAAGCAGCAACAGUAAAUGCGAACGAACAAAAUCAAAUGUGAAUGGCAGAGCAUUAGCCCCAUAUCUAAGUUGUUUCUUUAACCGAAUGAAAUGCAAUAGGAAGCGAUCAAUCGAACAAUCGAAGAGAGCAAAAAACAAGAAUGAACUUUCACGAGCAAAUCCAAAGAACAAACUUUCUUUUUCCCCCUUUUUUGCGUGCUGACGAUUGAAAUCAGUGUGAUGUUUUUGGCUUUAUUUUCAUUUGUGGGGAAAAAAGAUUUAAUUAGCAAACAACAAGACACAAAAACAUGAUCGACCUGAUCAUGACCGGCCGGUAAGUGACCGAACAAGUGAACGCAUUUUUAAUUCCGCCAAUUUUGAAAAAGAGGUUUUUUGUUUACUUCUUAGUGAUAAUCGCUUAGCUAUAAAGUGCGUAGCAUGCUUUUGUAAGUAGGAUGGCGAUAACGAGAAUGCUACACUUAUUUUACACAACCCAUAGGUUUUACGUGCGUCUACAAAAUUGCUCGCAACGAGUUAAGACAAAUGCAAACAAACAAACUGCAGUUAAAAAGGUUAAACAGCAGUGGAACAAAUCGAACAGGCCAGACGUUUCAAUGGAGCAUGGAGAAAACUAGUUCUCCUGUUUUCCUGUUUAGCGUAAGACUAGUUAAAUAGUGUAUAACUGGAAAAAAGGGAAUGGAUAUUUUCAAACGUAAGAAUUACGCCGGGCGAAUACCACCAGCAAUGAAUUAUGAAUGUUAUUUGCAUGACGUGCGCCACACCGAGCCCCGGUGUGCUAGGUGCACACGAUGCAGUUGUUGUAUAGUGCGUUUUACUCUUUAUUUAAGUAAGUUUGUUUCACAAGUGUAUACCACCUAUGGAUGCUUUUUUUUGCUAAUGGCAAAACAUUUCCAUCGUAAGGCAUAAUGGUUGAGUUGUAUCUGUAAUGUUCGCGGCGACUCAAAAAGUCAAAACCGCCAAACAAUGUUGGGAUGGCCGCAUAAUGAUCAACCGUAAGCGUGUACCCAUCGGGGAGAACAAUAAGCAUAACAAUAAUGUGAGAAAUCAUACACAAACAACACACACAUAAGGAAGAAAACAACAACCCACAAACACAACUAUAGUUUUAUGUAAAACUAACAACAGUUUAAAUGAACGGGAAGAACAGAUAAGAACACUUAUAAAAUGGCUGCCUAGAAAAUAGAAAUAUACAUAAAAAUAGUAUACUUGCAAAAGCAAACAAAAACGCAUCAACACAAAUUCAUUUGAUUAGUACUAGCGCUUAAGUAAACAGUGAACAAAGACAUGUGCGUUUGGUUUUAAGUUGGCGACAGUUGGCACAAUAAUACUUUACGUUAUGUUUUUUUUAUAUAUACAUAUAUAUACAUGUACAAUCGAAAUACUGUGCGUGUCAGUGUCAGAAUGUAUUGCCGCAAAUGUCGAAGCUGUCUUUUUAUUUACCCUGAAUAAACACACCGGAAUACGACACACACUCACAGACACACAUUUCCUGAAUUGUCUGGAAAGAAUCACAACAAUUCUUGAUCAGGAUUUUGUUUUCCUUAAAGUCUCCCUAGUAAAUGCAGAUCACAUUCUUAUGCAAUCGUUAGGGAAUGGUCGAAUGAUGCAGAUGAUCGGGUGAAUUUAUUUAACCUAAAUAAGUGCAACGUGAUGGUAUCGAUUUCAGUUCGUUCUUCGUACUAUUAGUACAAGGGUCUAUUGGUUUCUAACUAUAUGUUUCGAUACAUUUCCUUGUUAUGUUAAUGUAGAUAAAAUACAAUACAAACAUACACGUGGACACCCAUACAUACAUACACUGAUAGACACACAAUGCAAAAUUAAACACAAAACAAAAACAUGUUAAGAAAUCGACUACUAAGUAUUUACCACCAAAAAUGUGCCAGAAACAAAAUGGAGAUGGAAAAAUACAAGUGCACGGCGCUAUUGUAACAUAAGUACGCCUAGCACCUAUACAAUUGUGAACAAUUCCAGGUUUUAAACUAGAGUUUACAUGUUCAAUUUGUCCCUUCGUUUAAGGAACACAUACACGCAAGGAAACAUCAGUAAGAGCAAAAUAGCAAUAGCCACAAAAAAGGAAUUUCUACCUAAAUUCAACACAAAUCUACACAAUAACCGAUACCGAAAUGGAUUUUAUUAAUUCAUCCUCAUUUAACUUUCUUUUUAAUUUGUUCAAUUUUUUUCCUCAACAUUAAAUCCGGCAAAACGGAAAACAAGUUUCAAAGUAUAGAAUGCACAGAAUUAGUAUAGUAGUGUACUAAAUUUAUCUUUGUAUAAAUAAAAUCAAUGCCUUACAGCGGAAGCAAACAGAAUGGGUAAAAAGGAAGAUAUUAAUUAAUUAUUCGCACGGAAAAGCAAAAUGAGGAUACCAUAUUGCCCAAAACGUGACACAUGAUCGUGGAUCGUGGUUAGAUCUUGUCCCAAACGCGCUACAUAAUAGUAAGUCAAGGUUAUAUUUUCGCAAGACGCAUCUAAACCGAAAGGCCAAAAGGCUAGCUUUUGCAACUGAGGAAAAACAAUGUGAACACUUUGAAUCAUGCAUUAGAAAUCGUAUCCAAACUGUGCUUUUUAAAUUAAUUUAUUAUCACAUUCUACCAGCCAAUGCAAAGAAAACUUAUUCGGGGGAGGCACAGUUUUUUUUCUUAUGAAUGUGCAUCUGUGUAAUACAUGUUCGUGCUUGUCGGAAGUAUUUUUUUCCUACUGCAGGCUGUAAAAGUUUUGCAGAAAAACAUUUCAUUUUAUGCCACUGUAGAGUAUUGAUCCUUUAGUAGCCAAAACGCAAAUCAAAAUCAUGAAAAACGGCAAAAUAAAACAUGGUUUCAAGGCUUAUAAUACUUUGUUGCUAGCUGAACUUUUUUCUCAAUGGUCGCUCCUUAAACUCGUUACUAAAGGAAUUGUAAAAAAACAUGAAAACUAUUUUGAGGAUCGCUGUAAAAUUUUCGUACCGUUUAGAAAGAACAAAAAUUCGUUCAGCACACACACAAUUCUACAAACCGAUCAAUCCAAACCACAACCUUUGUUAACCUGUCUUAAGCGAUAAAUUAUUAGAAAAAAGCACACAUUAUAAUUGGCAAACAGCCAGUCGAUAUGUUUAACGAUAUGAACGAUAUUGAAACCGAGUAUCAAAACACAGUGUGAUUGGAACCAUUUUUGUCAAUAAUUUUAACACGUAUUGGUAAAACACACACUGUUACAUGUAGAAACACCAUGUACGCUAAAGAGAACUAAUUAUUGGCAAGACUAAAACAUUUACCGUACGGACUAAAUUUGAAACGUUUUUUAAACGAUCAAAAAUGGCACAAGUGCCCACCAAAAUUGUGAUUACAUGCGUUUAUAUUGCUGGCCCAAGCAUUCGGAAUCGAUUGUCGAGUUCUAAAUUCGAACCCACUGAUGCAGUGUUCAAUACAUACGGAAGGAAGAGGUGCUAAAUUAAUUAGGAAUUUUAAAAACAAAAAACUCGAACGCACCAUAUUUUGUGAUUGGAUAGCUUUUAGGGUUUUAAUUUUCGAAAUUCAUGUUACUAACGAAUGCAGCAGCAGGGAUGCACGAGCAUUUAUGUAUUCCUCUUAACGGAUCGACUAAACAAAACAACAACAACAAAAAACUAUGAGACUAAUGCAAGUGCGACAUUUGAAUGUGUUAAAUAAUGGUGCUUUGAAGAUUUACCGACGAAACGAUGAAGGAUCAUAUUGCGCAAUUUAGUUUAAUUUCGCUUAACAAGUUGUUUCGAUUUCGAGCAUGAACAUUAAUUUGUGUACAUAGUAGACAAAGUAAAACGAACCACGUAAAAAAAUCACUUUACUCGGGUGAGAAAUUGUUAUUUUGUUGUUAUCAUCUCUUAACGCCAGCAAAUGUCUGUGUGCGCUAGGUGUGCUUCUAAGUGGAUGAUAUAUUGGUUGUAGAAGGGACACCGAUUGUUUACACCGUUUAGGGAAAAUGUUUAUAGAUUCUUCCUUAUUUCAUAUUGAAAACCAGUAUAAAGAAAUUGCCGUAGCAAAUGAAGCUUUUAUACAUCUUUUAGUGGGGCAAAAUGGCAGAAAACGAAAAGAGAAACUGUGCGAAGCGUAAUAUCUUUGCCAGCGGAUGUCACGAUUAGGAGCCUGACGAUGAAGAUUUACUCUCUCUCUCUCUGGCCAAAAGUAAAAGGCAUUUAUACAUCUAAAAUUUUAAUACAACGUGACUAAAUCAAAUGUCAGUGUUUAGGUUCGUCGCUUGAAUUGCUGAAAACAGAAAAUAAAACGAAAUAAUUGUAAAUUGACGAUCGAUGUAUCCAUACGGCACCAGACGUGUCUACAAGAUGGGGAGCUUUUAUUUCAUCUGAUGUCUAAAUGUGAUAUGUAAACUUAUGUUGGAUACAGGAUAACGACAGUUAAUAAACAAGUAAACAUUACAAAACCCCGCUAAUGAUGCGGAAAAGAUAAAACAUUGUAAAAAAACAAAGGAAAUUGUCAAAACGCGAUUAAAUUCGAAUGAUAAGUGUAAAAGAACAAAACAACGUUAUGGAAAACGUAACAACGCAACAAGAAGAAACAAACACUGACGAUUUAAGACAAUUUUUGGUACACGUGAGUCUGGAAAAGAAAAAAAAACUUCAUUCCAUACCAGUUGGCUCUGAUAACAAUGCGUGAAUGAAGAAAAGCGCUAAAUUAAAAUUGAGAACAAGAAAAUCAAACAAAUAUCCAAUAGCUAAACACGUCCAACAAGCAGCAAGAAAGGCAAAAAAGUGCAACAAAACAUUCAAUAUCAGUAAAGCUACUAGCUUGCAUGGAUGACAUUCAACAUGUGAUUUUGCAAUAACGAAUUUCUUUUUAUAAUUUCUGUAUAACUCAAAAAGACAUUUUUUAAUGAAACAAUAGAAGCACAUAGAUCACAGAUCAUCCACCAAACUAAUGCUGAGUAGAGCAAUAAAACAGUAAAAUCCACAAUGCAAUAGGAAAUAGCAGCCGAUACCAUUAUAUGCAGUAACAACAACAAACAAAACAGCCACAUAAAUAAAUAAUCAAUGGACUAAUUUUACUUAUAAUACUAACACCAUAGCACAGUAUGAUAACUACAAUAGAAGACAGCAGCAGCAGCAUCAAAUAGAAUUUUUAAGUCACUGCACACCAACACACUCAUUGCGCUACGACCGAUGAGCUUAUAAACAUUCUCACAUUACAAUUACAAAAACCAGCAAAUAUCAACCAAGAACAACAGAAAACAACAGAUACAACAAUAGGAGAACAACAUCAUGAACCACAACCAAAUAGCAUAGGAGGUUACAUGCGUUUGUAACUUACUUCGCACUGUACGAACAGUACGAAUGUUCAAUCGUGGAGUAGCACAGUGACACGGGCAUAAUGUAAAUUUUAACUAAAUUUGUUCGGAAAAAAUGCAUUCCACUAAUCUGACUAUUCGUCUUCGAUCUAACGUGUUUUUUUUUUGUUUAGUGAUGUUUUAUUUCAAAUUUUAAAGCCUGUUCACUGUACCGGUUAACGUAUACUCCACGAUUGUAAGAAAUACGCAAACUGUAUUCAUAUUUACUACUCACAGUUUGAUUUUAAUAUAUGACAAACUUUGUUUUGCUCGCACACAUACUCACUGUCACAAGAUGGAUGAUAGGCGCCGAUUGUGCACCGGUGUGCUAAUUAUGGUUUUUGGAUAUGUCAUUCCUGAUUGAAAGUUAAGACAGACGCAUCACAAACACAUACGUCUACUAGUCGAUCGCGACACUUAACUACUGUUGCGCGACGAACGUAACGUAACGAUGGGAAACGUAUAACAAAACAACAUUCCAGCAGAACAGUGCAUUGGCUCGUUUGACUUAGAAACGCCCAUUUUAACCGGCAACACUGUCACGAAGCAUAUCCGUCUGGAGAAUUGUUUAUUUUUGUAAGGCUUAAUCUCUUUUUUUUAUUUUUGUUACGCCCGUGAACAUUUUACAUCCGUUCGAGAUUCGCAAUGCAAUCGCAAUCAUAAGUCGUACGUAACUGUUUUGUUUAUUCAUUUGUUUUGCUUUAGAAAAUAUUCCUUUAUGUUUUAUGUCUAAUACGGUGUUUAAGUUGUUGUUUAUAGAUUCGUACUACUUUUUACCCUUUAAGUAACUAUUAUUACUGUUAGCGUUACUAUUGCGUUACUCAUCUUAUACUACUACCCUACCCAUCGUUAUUCACCCUCUGUUACUUUCACUCUUCAUUACUCGUUUUUUGCCAUCUCAAUUAAAUAAUUUACAAACAAUACGCAUUUAUUUGUACAUUUUCGUUUCUUGCUUUGUCUUAAACCAGCAAGCGGAAAAGACAAGUUUUGCAAAAACAGUAAACACAUUACACGAAAGUGCAUACCAUCAUCUGUGCUGAUCAACUGUCAAUCAAUGCUUUCAAAAUGCAAUGCUUGGUUUAAUAAUAACAUGAAUGCUGCUUACAAUGCAACGAAAUCAAAUCGAGGUGACUAUAGCCAACGACGGUCUGCACUCGUAUGAAAAGAAUGGUUUUUGACACACAAUUACAACAUCAGCACCACAUCCCAAACUAUCAACAGUUGCAAAUGCACACGAACACAAUGUAUCGGUGUAUAGGAAACGCAUCAGAGCCAAGAUAAAGAUGGAAAAUGGAAAACAAAACUAAAUGUACAUUACAAUUAAGCUAAACUAAACACGGACAAACACACACAUACACAGCAAUAGCCAUAAUAAAUACAAUUGAAAAAAAUGGAAAAUUAUAUGACUUCUACCAACAGUAACAUACAGAGUAAGCAAACCAACUGCAUACAGCAAAGAUGCCGUAGAAAAGCAGCGCAGAAUUAGCAAAGAAUUAACGGAACACAGAGAAAGAGAGAAAACCCCGCUUGAACUAAUCAUGGGGUCAGAAAACUAGGACUAAGAUUGCGUUAUAGGUACAACACAUAUAAGCAAGCAGUUGUAGAAAGGCACGAUCAAAUAUGGUUUACCAUUUGCGGCAAACAAUGUCUUUGUUGAGUGCGGUGCAAAUAGAAUGCAUUCAGUGAGCUUUUCUGUAACGAAACGUGCGUUACAACUUCUAACCCAAAAUAGAACGCGUUUCCCUAAAGUCUUAGAGAACCGGAGCAUGCAAAAAUCUUGUACAUAGUGCCGAUAGUUCAGCGAACCCUUCUCUAAGCAAAAUGGUAGCAAACGCGCCUGAAAUCACUGAAACUGUAUAACACUGAACGAUGUGUAGAAUUAAUCUUGCAUUCAAUGAUAGCGAAUGUCAACCAUCUCUGUGCACGAUCUAUACAAACACACUUGCACGCAGAGCUAAUGGUUUUACAAUCGAGCAAAUGACGGUCAAACACGAUGGCGCAAGAUCAACGGGCCAAACCGACGAAGGAAACAAUCUGCAAACAAACAGGAUCAGAAUUAAGUUUUCCGAUUCCGACUUGUAAAUGAUACUACAUGUGGAAGUUGGUUUUUAUUCUUUCUUUCUUACUAACAGUCCAACAGGUUUAAUAUCAGUUCCACGAGCACAGCUCAACAGACGACAGUGUGCGCGAGCCGGCCGGACAAAAGCGUAGUGCAAUCGUGCGAUAAUAGUAGUGCGAACAGCCAUCGACGCAUAUGUGUGUUGAUGUGAAGCGCAGGGACCUCGGAGUUGACGGACGGAGUAUCAAUCACUCAGUAGUGCAUGCUCCGGUCAGUAGUGCCAGUUUUUGUUUUGCCACUGAAAUCUUUCUUGGCGGUAAUUUCGACGCAAGCGACAAGUGAAGAGUGUAUAUUUUCAAUUACAUUAGAUUGGGCGGAACAAAAGAGCACAUUGUGACACUAACAAUCACACACUGCUGCAAAAUAGUUAGCGAGGUAGAAAGCAAGGUUUAUCAGGAACAUAAACGUAAGGAUACAAGUUUUUAUACGAAGUACAUUGUAAGCAUUAACUGUACUCUACUUCAGUUAGGCACGUGGGAAUUUACUUGUUUAAAACAUUCGGGUUUAUUUGUUUUCUUUUACGCCUUACGUUAAGUUGUACAACACCAACAUGCUUGAAAGAUAGCAACUGUAGCAGCAACACCAGCAAAGCGUUUAGAUUCUAACGAAGGAUUCACCGGCGAAGUAGCUGUACAGUUGCUUCCGGUCACGAACUCCUUUUCAUUACUUAAGGGCUAGCUUUAAUUAUUCCAUCUUCUGAAGCCAAUGGUUACAUUGUAAGGUUUAUUUUUUGUUGUUGUUGUGGUCAACGUUUUGUUGGAUCGUUUUGUAGGAUCAUCCUACGAAACAGUCAAGUUCAUUUCACAUCAACAGUGCAAUUGAUGUAAAAGGUAAAGAGGUUUACAUAGAGGCGUCGGAUAGUGCUAAGUUUGAUUCGUUUAAGUUAAGUGAUUUUUACUAUUUAGGUUCGAUGUGUAUUUUAAAUUAGAUUCGAUUAGUUUGCAGAAACAUUUUUUAUGCUAAGACCAGGUGUUGGAUAAGUCAGAAUAAGCCGUAACAUUGGCGUAACAUAAAAGUUUCGUUACGUCAAAUAAUGAGCGAAAAGAAGGAGCGUUUAAAGGAUAGAUGGCAGAUUUUAAAUUAGGUGUUUUUAAAAUUAUCUGCACUGAAAUCAUCACUACCUGAAGUGGCAGUUCACGUUCGUUCUUUUUUACAUUUCAUCUACCGCCAACUCUAAGGAUCAAAUCACUGUCUUAAAGCACCCACUGGGCGUUACCCUUUAGCACGAUUGCAUUUACUUUAUCCACCACUCGGCACCACUGUACGUUCAAGCAAGAUCAACAGUAACAGUACAUAAUAAUAACAGGCAGUAAUAACAGGCAAACACCUAACCAAACUACAAUUGCAAUAGCAAAUAUUACAGAAAAUAUGCUGGCCCAAAAGAAUAAAAACUAAAUACAAACAAAAGCAGCACUAACAACUAUACCAUUUCCACCAACAACGAACCCAUUCAAACCAAUUUUAAGCAUCCAAAAGCAAUAGCCCAAAACAGAUAUUUAACAUUUUGGUUCGCUCAUUUUGACAAACAUCUUUACACCAACACAACAACAAAAUACAGUCAUGGCAAAAUCCUGCGUCGUGCAUCAUCGAUUGCAGAGAUCACGAUCACAUUAAAGAAUACCGUUGGCUCGAACGUUUAGGCAAAUGCGAGAUCAAGCGCAUGUGGAACCCAAGUGGUAAGCAUGCCAUAAUAUCUUUACAGCUAAAAUUAAAAGGAAACAAAAAUUAAACAAAGACUGACAAAACUAAACAAAACCAUCAAAUCACCCUUUAUGGACGAAAUAAAACGGGAACCUUGUACAUGUAUGUACUUAGAGAAACAUUUUCCACACAAAUGGUAAAUGGUUUAUAGUAUUACUCUCACACUCAUACACACUUUUCGUAAAAAUCCAGAGCAAAGUUUGGCGAUGCAGCGGCCAACAUUUCAUUUUUGUGUUUUAUUUUACAUCCAAAUGGAGAAAAACAAAAUUAUUGUUCUGAUCAGCUGGAAGCACAACAGCGGUGUCCAUUAUGCAUUGAAUCGAAGCAAAAAGAUUCAGCAUAAUGAUUGGUUACGUGUUUUCUCACUUAACCGAAACACGCUGUGGUAGUGCAUCGGAACACGAGGGCUUUCAAAAAUAUAUCGUGCAUGUAACCAUUAAAAACAAACGUAAACAAAACCUGUUUUGGGACCAAAAGCACCUUCAGAAUCAGCAUUCCAAAAGUCCAUAUCCAGUCGAAACUGAAAAUUACAAUCUAACAAAUUCCGCGUUCGUGUGGCAUUUACACGCGUGAUUACACCACCUAGAAGAUACUAGAGCUCAUCAAAAGCUCUAUGUAGGGCAAACUUUCGUCAAACGAAAAAAUAUAGAAUGGGGAAGGAAAGCUGCAGAGUACAGAAGAGGGAAAAAUAUUGUACGAAGCGAUUUAAAGAAACCAAACGGGACGAAUCGUCGAAGAUAUCCGAGAUAUCGAUGCCUUUUUCAUUUACGGUAGAAGGUACGCUUAAAUCUGUAUAAAACAAAAAAAAUGAAUGCAAAUACACAAAACACGAGUUCUUUGGGGCAACAUUAAGUGAGUAAACGAUAGUCAGGAAAAAAGUGUAUAAUUUACACGUGAAAAAUAAAUGUUUCGAAUGAAAAAUACAUAAAUAAACAAAUGGAAAAUGAAAACAAAAACUAAAAUAUGCGAGAAAAACACACAGAAAAAAACAUUUCGUCCGGCAAUGCUACAAAAAAGACACACUAUUUAGCCAAAACUCUGAUUAGAAAAAGUAAACCGAUAUUUGAAAAACAUUAAAAAAACAGGAACGAAUAUCAGAUUAGAUCGCAACAUGUAAAAACAAAGAGGAAAACAAAAAACCCGCUUUAAAGGAAGCGCCAGAGACUGUGUAAGCUUUUUUGCUUAACGGAACACGAGUAAAUCAAACAUAACAUGUUGAAUACAUAUUAAACGUUGUGGGAUUGUUAUUAAAAAAGAGGAAGAAAAAACUAAACAUAGUACAGAUGCAUCAUAUGCAGAACAGUGAGAGUAGGUGAAAAGAAAAUAGAUAAGCUAAAGAAGAGGAAAACAAGAGCAAACAAGGGAAAACAAGAGUAAUGGCGAAUUACUAACACACCGAAGAGGUACGUAACGAUAGUGCUAGUAGAACCGAAACAAUAUCCGUUACGGCAGGUACGAUGCGUAACACCGUAAGCGUAUCUGUUUUUUUGUUUUGUGUUAGACAACGGAGUCGAUCUGCAGCUGCAACUGCACAUUGAUCUGCCAUUUCAUCACGAAAAAAAGUAAAAUCACGCAAAACGAUCAGGCGUACCAGCGCCAGUAAUACUGAAUAAAGUGAAAACCACGUUCUAUAGGAUAAAUAGAAGCAAAGAGAUUAGAACGGAAAUGACGAAUGAAAAGAAGGAAAAACGGGAAAACCCGACACACUUUUACACAGAACAACACACACACACUCUCACCUACAUGCAUACACAGAUGAAGAGUGUAUUACAAGAAACCGAAAAACCCGGAGGGAGAAAUUAUAUAAUAAACAAGAAAAUAAUUAUUGUAAUAUAUUUAUAAUGUGAAUUUGGAAUAUAACCAGUAUUUAUUAUACUGUAAUAAAAAUAUAUUUAAAACGUA